GGCUCGUGCUGUCAACCGCUGAGUAGGUGCCGCCGAGAGUUGGCUCGCCGCGCGCAUGCAGCAGAAUGGCUCGAGCGGUUCCAACGGCUCUGACGGCUGCGGCAGCAGGGAUCGUCCGGCUCCGUCCUUCAGCCCGCUGCCCGCCGCCACGACGCGGGUGAGGCGCUUCAUUCAGGAGAGACGGACGCUGCCUCUACCCAGAGUGAUGGUGGUGUUCUCGGCCGCGGGGGACACUGAGAAACCGGGCGAUGCCAUGUCCAGCGCGGACUCUGCUGCGGAGGACGAGUUCCGAAAGCCGGCCUCCCCAGCACCGAGCUUCAGCCUCGGCACGCCGCUCCGCUCCUCGCUCAACACACCGGAGCAGGAGUUUCCAGAGGUCAUCUCUCUGAACGUUGGGGGCACAUACUUCACCACCCGCCUGUCCACGCUGCGGCGAUACGAGGACACCAUGUUGGCCGCCAUGUUCAGCGGACGUCACUACAUCCCACGUGACGCUGAGGGACGCUACUUCAUUGAUCGGGAUGGAGCAUAUUUUGGGGACAUCCUGAACUUCCUGCGAGAAGGCGAGCUUCCCCACAGGGACCGGGUGCGGGCGGUGCACAGAGAGGCUCAGUACUACUCCAUCGGCCCGCUGCUGGACAGCCUGGAGGACACUCAGCCGCUCACAGGGGAGAAAGUCCGACAAGCUUUCCUCGAUCUGCUGCCCUACUACAGAGACAAUCUGGAGCGCAUCGUGGAGAUUGCCAAACUGCGGGCCAUGCAGAAGAAGGCACGGUUCGCCAAGUUGAAGAUCUGCGUCUACAAGGAGGAGAUGCCCAUCACGCCAUACGAGCGUCCUCUUUUUAACUCUCUGCGUUUUGAGCGUUCGGACAGCGAGGCCAAGCUCUUUGAGCACCACUGCGAGGUGGACGUUUCCUUCGGACCCUGGGAGGCGGUGGCGGACGUUUACGACCUGCUGCACUGCAUCGUCAGUGACCUGGCCGAGCGCGGCAUCACCGCUGAGCAGCAGUGUAUCGGCGUCUGCGACAAGCACCUUAUCAACCAUUACUACUGCAAGAGGCCCAUCUACGAGUUCAAGAUCACGUGGUGGUGAAGCUGGAGGGAGAAAGUUGGGGCUGAUGGGACCAAAAAGCAAAAGGAUGGAUGUUUCAUUUUUACUAGAACUCGGCCGAUAUUGGUUUUUGUAUUGAAGUUGCCAAUAUUUUGUGCUGAUGUCUUAAAAUGUGACCCUUUAAGUCAUGCUUCAACAUUGGUUUAACUUCUCACCUUGAUGCAGUGAUGUAACGGUGUACUCCAGGACCUUGUGACAUCACUGUAAGGCGUGGUUACAGGUGCAGCAAAGCAUACCUGUGACCACACACCCAACAGUAAUGAAGAAGAGGUGAAACACUUUUAACUCUGAACCAGAGAGGAAAACUACUGCUGUUCAGUCGCUUUGCCCUGACCUUGACUGAUAUGUGACUGGUGAACUGUCUCACCACGUUUCCAGAACAAAGAAGUGAAGGAGUGAAUAUUAAAUAUUGUAAGUAGUCAGAAGUCAAAUGUGUAUUUUUUAGGACUAAGUUUAGUUUCAGGAUGCAGAUGAAACUGUGAGCCUGUUCCUUUUUGGAUAAACAGAGUAUAUUUUAAUUAUGCAACCUCCUGAGGAGCGUGUUUUUAAAGAUCUGAGAGCGUUUAGGGCGGUGUCCGUUUUGUCUUCACGUUUUACUCGUGACUUAAAGUUUCAGGGGACUGAAGGUAGCUGACGUUGUUACACACUAAUGCAGAAAUACAGUUUACACAUUGUCCAUUGUUUCUUAGUUAGAACAUGUAUAAUUAUUAUAGUCACUGUCACAGAGAGAAUUUUCUUAUUUCAUGUCGACUUUCAUUCCACGUUUUUUCCAACUAUAAGACGUUGACUGAAGCUGCAACAUAGCGAUAAAGGCUGAGCUAAAUGUUAUUUCCUACUGUACUUGAUAAUGAAGCACUUUGUGAUUGUAACCAAUAUUUUUUUUGUUUACCUCAAAUGAAAGUACCAGAUAAACAACGAUGGAGAGCAACAGCGCCGGCAUCAGUUCAUCUAUAACAUGCUUAUUAUAACAGAUAAUGCAGGAAAGAUGCUACAACACUAAUUUACACGGUUACGUUUGCAUUGUUUUUAUAUUGUUAUUUAUCUGUUUGUGUUAGCUUCCAGGAAGCAAAAGUUCUGUCGUAUUAUUUGGGUUUAGUUUGCAGUGAAAAAGAAAUGUCAUUUUUAUUAUUUAUGGUAAAAGUAAAAAUAACUGUUAAAUGCA